CACGCCCCCGCCUCUGGGAGUUGAAGUUUCCAAGGGACGACUCCUGCACCGUGUCCAGGAACAUUCAAGAAAGGCGUUCUCCGCGGGCCCUGCCUUCUUUAACAGCACUCCAGCUCGGUAAAUGUCCUGGAAUUGCCGCUGGUGCUCGGCUGUUCUUUGAUAGCUUUUGUAGGCCUCGGGCGCGCCCGCCAUGCUGCCUUCCCUUGGCAGCGAGGGCUUCCGGGGGAAAGGGGAGUGGGAUCGUGGCAGUGCCCCUAGCUUGUCUCCUGCGGUCGGAAGUGGCGUCGGAGUGUGUGCGCCCGAGCCCUGGGGCCGCGCUCUGACUGGCUGGCUGCCGCCUAAGUCCCGCCUCCCGAGCGCAUCCGCGGGCCGGCCAGGCCGCGGCCUGGGAGGGAGAUGGCGAUGGGGCGCAGGCCCCCCGGGGUGGGCGUUUCAGGGCGUGUGCCUCAAGCAUGGGGCCCUUAGUGUGGACUGGGUUCUGUAAAGGACUACGUCUGGGCUCUGCAGGACGAUGCCACGUCUCCAUGCUGAUUUUUUGGGGGAACGUGGCCGAGGCGCAAGGGCCCGCAUGGCGGGGACCACUUUAAGGAAGUUGAAGUGUUGAGUACAUUGAAAUCCUCUGAACUCAAAAGCGAAGGGUUUUAGAACCGUUUUCAUUUCUUAUAUUUUAUUACAGAGCUGUAAAAAUGGUAACGUUCUUUUUUCUCAAGAAAACAUGCACAAAGCACUUAGCCCCUCUCAUGCCACCCCUGGAGCUUUGGCUGCUGUGGGUUUCCCUGACUUCAUUUUGUGAAGGAUAAGUCCUUCACUGUCGCUCUCAAGUCAUUAAUUGGGCUCAGCAGGCAUGCCUACCUCCCUUUGGAACUUUCUGGAAAGAAAAGUAAGUGAAAGGCACCAAAAUGUCAUGUGAAAUGUCACCAGCAUUUAUUGAGACUUCUAGUGUGGAAAGAAAGGAAGACUUAAGUGAAGGUCAAGAGGAGAGCCAGAAGCCAAGAUCAGGUGAAGGAGCUGAAUCAAUGUCGAAACGACAAAUGAAGAAGCUAAUAAAACAGAAGCAGUGGGAGGAACAGAGAGAGCUCCGCAAACAAAAGCGGAAAGAAAAACGCAAGAGAAAAAAAUUGGAGCGACAGUGUCAACUGGACUCAAACUCUGAUGGAAGUGACAGAAAACGUGUGCGAAGACCUGCUGUUAACAGCACACUCCGCCUUGUAAUUGACUGUAGCUUUGAUGACUUGAUGGUAUUAAAGGACAUUAAAAAGCUUCAUAAGCAGAUUCAGCGAUGUUACGCAGAAAACCGGCGUGCCCCACACCCUGUGCAGGAUAUCCAAAUCAAACCAGAACACUAUACUGAGCUCAUAAAGAAAGAAGACUUGAUUUAUCUGACAUCAGAUUCACCUAACAUACUGAAGGAAUUAGAUGAAUCAAAGGCUUACGUGAUUGGAGGACUAGUAGAUCACAACCAUCACAAGGGAAUCACAUAUAAACAAGCAUCAGAUUAUGGAAUCGAUCAUGCACAGCUCCCCCUUGGACAUUUUGUGAAGAUGAAUAGUCGGAAAGUUUUGGCAGUUAAUCAUGUGUUUGAGAUUAUUCUGGAAUACCUGGAAUCAAGAGAUUGGCAAGAAGCAUUUUUUACUAUCUUACCCCAAAGGAAAGGCGCUGUUCCUACAGAUAGAACCUGUGAAAGUUCUUCCCAUGGCGAGCAGUCUGCCCAGGCUGAAGGUGGAUGGGACAGUGAUUCCAGUGAAGGAGAGGAUGGCAGAAAUGAACUAGAUUUACCCAAUACAGAAGAAAAACAGGAUAAGGAAACCAGCUCUGAGUCUCCAAUGAGUGCUGCACCACACUGAUGCUACCUGAUCUUUUAGCUUAAGGGAAAA